UUUGAACGCUGUCACUGGACCGCUUUUUCGGGUUAAGUCCAUGUAUGUUCGGAUGUUACCUGCCACUUCUCGCGACGGCUUAUUUACUGUGUUUGGUCGGAUUUUUGGAUGCUUGGGUAACGCUCUAUCUUCCGCUUAAUCAAGCAGUAUCUUUGUUCUUGUAUACCUUGAUUCUGCACAUGUUCUGAAUGCGUUUCUUCCUCUCGUAGGUACGUUGCUUUGCGAAGAGGACCCCGAGACCAUACGGUUAUGGAAUCCGCAAAUCCAACCACGACUUUGCCAGUCGUUGAAUCGCGUCGGCUUACCUUAGACGAUGUUCAAAUUUCGCCGGUGACUGCGAGGGAUCUACUCAGCCUAGCAGAAGGCUAUUACGCCUCCUUCCCCGCAUCGUGGCAUCGCAGGAUGGAACCUCCAACGAAGAGCUCAGUCCCCGUGUCCGUACGAGCCGCGCGCUUUGCUAAACGCAUGGAGCCAUGGCUGAAAUCACCGGAUACGAAGUGGAUGAAAGCUACCUUGCGGUCUGACCCUGAACAACGGGUCAUAGGCCAUGCCGGGUGGCUGAUGCCAGUAGAUGAUGACGGAAGAAGAUUUAUCAAGCAUCACUGGACGAGAGGUGCCGUCGAACAGCUGGGGUGGAAGGAGAUGAUGGGCUGGAGUGACGCCGAGGUAGAGGAGAUGUGGGAACAUGUAGAUGUUGAACGAUGGGAACGGAGCUUCAAAGGGCUGGAAGAAAUAAGAGAGAAACGGAUGCGAGGAAUCCGGCAUUGGUUUCUUGCGCCGUUGUGGACGUUACCAGAGUAUCAGGGACGAGGUGUAGCUUCCUUACUUCUCAAGGAAACACUGGAUUUGGCCGAUGCCACAGAUCCACCGACGGCAGUAUACCUGGAGAGUAUGCCAGAAGCGAGGAAGGUGUACGAGCAUUUCGGUUUCAAGGGAAUACCUGGAUGCGAUAUUCAGAUGGUGAGAACCGGUCCGCAGACGAAACCUUGAGCCCCUGGGUCUCGUUGGCGCCGAAUGGAUUUGAUUCAAACUUGAACCAAGUGCUUUUGAUUUCAAUUUAAUCUGCAGCAUGUACCCCCUGUUGUAUCUCGCUUGUCUAGAGUUCGACUUGAGUCAAAUAUGUGAACAAUCAAUUCUGC